AUGAAUUUUUUUGCACUUUUACUAGCAGCCCUUUCUUUGGCAGAAACUGACUGCAACAAAGUUCGCAGCUACUUGUACCCAGAUGCAGCCGUAUGUACCGACGAGAUGAAAUGCUCAGAGGAGUACGCAUGCGUUGUCUCGGAUUCAUGUGAUGCUUACGGGUGUGUGGCUGCUACCGAUUGUCCAGCUGACACGAACUAUACUGUCUUCAACCAACAAGGAAGUGAUGAAAACGACUCUGGCCACGAGACUAACGGCCUUGAUGGGUAUUUCUGCGACCCGAAUGGUGAUGGACUAAUCUGCACUUUCGACGAUGAGGGCAACUUCUACAUUGACGCUAUCAUCAAUAACAAACGACCCUGGGUUAAUGGACCUGACGACGACGAUGAAAAACGAAAGGUUACUCUCAUCUCCAAAACCAAACACGAUCAGCAAGUGCCGGAAACCGCCUUCAAACAAUUCAACAACAGCACAUGUGUCGGCGAAACGAUUGAAAAUGGGAGUAAGGUCCGUUUCAAUAUAAAUGUCAACGACCCAAAUUGCACGGAUGAGUUUGACUUCAGUCACAUCAUCAGUCCCAUAAAUGGCCUGACCUACAUCGUCGACUUCUACAUCGGAUUCGAUGACUAUUGGUACAUUAACGAAUUCGGCGAUGAACGCAUUCUCCGAGGUGGGGUCUCCAACCAAUUCCAGUGCCGAUUGAAAGCUUCUGACUACGGCUGGGUCGAUCCCAAUCCACAAUCUAACAGAGCCUACAAUUACACUGAGUCUGAAGCCCAGAUCCCAUUCACUUUCACCGCUUACAACGAUCGACAAUUUUCGGACGAGUACGACGGAAGUAUAAUCGAACUCGAUGAUGAGUUUGAGUACAAUGGUCUCUACAUCGAGGCUGAGCACGAGGCUACCGGUGAGUUCCAGUCUCAUAUCAUGCAUCUCAGAGAAUGCACAAGCCACAACUACCCUAAAGUUGGUGAGGAUACUGAUGGCAAUCCUAUCUACAGCAACUCGUCGACAACUUUCGCUUUUGUAAAUGACGGCUGUAUCGACAACAAUUUCGUCACGUACUCGCAAAAAUCUACCCGGACUGAAUGGACAUCAAAUAUCAAAACAACCGUGAAGGAUCAAUUCAACCUGAGAGUCAAUGCAGCUAGCGGUGCUAACGGCGCAAUGAUCAAAUACUCAUGCGAGAUGGUCCUGUGCCCUCUUGAUGUUUUCGAAGAUUCUGUUGUCGGCUCACCUUGCCACUUGUCCGACCAAUGCCCCAACCGAUACGACAAUCUCUUCUCCAGACGACGUCGUAGAACGUCUCUCGCUAAUGACAACAAUGUUCUUAUUAAAACAAUUCACCAAGAGGGGGCUUUCUUCGUACGCGGAAAUGAAGCCGGCAACGGUGCGAAGUCUGGAAACGAUGCAUUUGCCAUCGGACUUGCUAUUGCCUGCCUUCUGUUCUUUGCUCUUUGA